GUUUAUUGAGAUGGUGCGUGCUCGGCAAGAUCGAAUUAUACGUGCGACUGCGAACGCGAACGCAGUGUUUCCUCAUAGUAGCAUUUCCGUCGACGUCCCGUUCAUUGUACAGUUAUCAUAUUGCCGGGGUAUUAUUUAGACAGCACCGAGGUAGUCGCUGUAGUCAGUGUAGUCGUCAUUCACUUCGCUCGUCGCAGGUCGUGGUCAGUCCGGUCAGUCGUGAUCAGUCGGACGGUGCGAACGGAACAGAAGGAAAGAGAAGAGAGCGUCCGGGUCGUGGUGUGUAUUAACUUGUGCCGUUCUUGAUGAUUCUCGAUGCUUUCGCGCAAAUCUGAUGACGAAUACAUUAUUUAUCAUAACAGAGAGAUCUGCAGUAAACUAUUCUAUUCUGAGCAAUGAGUCCGCAAAGCCAUAAGAAUAAUUUAACUCCAAAAGACAUGCAGUCUAACGGAUACUCUGCUGCCAAUACCAUGGCCAAAGAAGCAAGGAAUCAUUCAUCUCCUUGUGAGUCAGUGGAUUCAAUGCCUUGGUUUGGAAUGGAUAUAGGUGGUACAUUAUGCAAAUUAGUGUACUUUGAGCCAAAGGAUAUAACGAGAGAUGAAGCAGAUGCAGAAGUUGAAAUAUUGAAAAAUAUUCGUCGAUAUCUCACUAAAAAUUCGGCAUAUGGAAAAACUGGCCAUCGUGAUACGCAUUUACAAAUGGAUAACAUUUGUAUUAGAGGCAGACGAGGAACCUUACAUUUUAUUAGAUUUCCCACAAGUGAAAUGGGAAAUUUUUUAGCAUUAGCAAAAUCAAAAGGUAUGGCAAAUCUUGUGACUACUGUUUGUGCCACUGGGGGUGGUGCUUUUAAAUUCGAAGAUAAUUUUAAAAAGGAAGUAAAUAUGAAUUUGGCAAAAUUUGAUGAAUUAGAUAGUUUAAUACGCGGGAUGCUCUACAUAGAGACUACGAAUCCACAUGAAUGCUAUUAUUGGUCAAAUCCUACCGAUGACAGUAAAUGCCAAAAAGUACCCUAUGAUUUUUCUGAACCAUAUCCUUUCUUGCUUGUUAAUAUAGGCUCCGGAGUAAGCAUAUUAGCUGUAUAUGGACAAGAAAAUUUUAAAAGGAUAUCUGGAACAAGCUUAGGUGGUGGUACAUUUUUGGGAUUGUGCUGUCUUCUUACUGGAUGUAACACUUUUGAAGAAGCAAUAGAACUAGCAACAGGCGGCGAUAAUACAAAAGUGGAUAAAUUGGUUAAGGAUAUAUACGGCGGUGAUUAUGGUCCUUUCGGUCUUCCUGGAGAUUUAGUUGCGAGCAGUUUUGGACAAAUGAAUUCCAAAGAUCGUAGAAAUACUGUCACAAAAGAAGAUCUGGCGCGUGCAACUCUUGUUACUAUUACAAAUAAUAUUGGUUCUAUCGCGCGUAUGUGUGCUGUUAAUGAAAAAAUUGAAAGGGUUGUAUUUGUAGGAAAUUUUCUCAGAGUAAAUCCCAUAUCAAUGAAAUUGUUGGCCUAUGCUAUGGAUUAUUGGUCUAAAGGAACUUUGAAAGCCUUGUUUUUGGAACAUGAAGGUUAUUUCGGAGCGGUGGGAUGUCUAUUACAAUUUAAUGGCGAAUCGAGCUAAACAAUGAGGAAAUAGUCAUAUAAUAU